GCGACUCGAAGUGCGCGAAAAAAGACGGAAGAAGAAGGGUAAACAAAUCGGCGCGUCGUUCUGUUCGGGCGGCGAGUUCUUUUGCACGAUGCAGACCUCCAGCUGCAAGAUUGACGAUGUCAAGCUGCUCUUAGUAAAGAUUCACCAGAACCUGCAGUGUCCAAUCUGCCUGGAUCUGAUGAAGGAGCCGGUUGCCACACGCUGUGAUCACCAGUUUUGCAGGUUUUGUAUGUUGAAGCUUUUGAGCAGAGCUAAAGGAGGACCGGCACAAUGCCCGUUGUGCAAAAACCAAGUGACGAAGAGGAGUCUGCAGGACAGUCCUCGCUUUAAAUUACUUGUUGAUGGUUUGUUGAGAACUAUUUGUGCUUAUGAGCGUGACACAGGGAGUGACUUCCACAUCGAUGUCCGGAGCCGUCAGCACGAAUCCUCUCAGAGCUCUCAUGGCAAGUUCAGGAAAUAUGGACCCCCCACACGUACUGAGAGGAGUGAAGCAGAUGGGGAGAUUCCGUCCCCAACUGUUGUUACAGAAGUGGUCAGUAGAAAGUCCUCCAUUCAGAGAAAGAGGCGCAUACUGGAAACAGGAGGGCUGAUGUACGUCGAAACAGACUCAAAGGUGGUGCUCUUUGGAAGGAAGUCCUCUAAUCAACGACUAGUGCCUGGCUUACAGCAUGGCGGAGUGGAUAGCGCUGGGUCUGCUCGACGAAGUGAGAGGAAGCCCCAGCCUUCUGAAGUGGAGAGCAGUGGUCUGCAGGAAGGACGCAGGGAGUGUGCUGAAGCGGAUUCAUUACCAACUACAUGGGCAGAUACAGAUCAGGAUUACGUUUGCACCCUGAAGCAGUCUGAAAGCCCAUAUUCUGCAAGUGGAGUACAUGACGUGGCAGGCAAUUCUGAUAGAGAAGAUCUUCAAGUAACUGAUAGGAGAACAUUUAGUCCAACAACUGACAGAAAAGCAGAGCCACUUGAAUCCACUGCUGAUGCCGAGGUACGGGUGAGGAAGAGCAUCGAGAGAGUUUCUGAGUGGCUCCUGAAUGCCACCGAGAGUCCUGCAGUCUCCAGGACAGAGGACGACAAUACAGAAAAGGGGAAUGACUGUGAAGCUAGCCAGAAACCAGGAGCUCAGGACCCCAGGCAUCUUCUAGAGGAUGAAGUUUUUGGGAGAGUUUAUAGAAGAGAGAAAAGGCAGAAUACUCGUUUAAGCAGGACGUCGCUCCCAGACACAAAGAGCUCUGCUGAGUCUUGCUCAGCUUUCAAUGAGGAGGAAGCACAAACAUGUGAUCAAGUGAAUAGCUUGGAAUAUCUGGAUGAUUCCGAAAAAACUUCCAUCUUGAAUACAAGCAUUCAGACAAGAGAGGGUGAAGAUAAUGUUUGUGGGGAAGGCGUCUCCACUAAGAAAACUGAUGCAAGAAAGGAAGCUCUGGCAAGUUCACUGAGGAAGAUGAGAGACACUCUGAAGAGUGAGGUGAAGACUGUCAGAGGAGCCAGAAAAAAAAAGAGCAAAAAGUACAAAAUUAUCAGCAGAUCCAGCAAAGUUGUUCCACCUUUGGCACUGAUUAGCAGGCAGACUUCCCAAGGCGGUGAUGUUGACAGUGGCACGAGUGAUGGGCACAUUAGCUACUACCCCAGCAGUUCACCGCAGACAGUUGCAAGUGAAGGCUUGAAUGAACAUCCUGGCUAUCAUAUUCAGGGGGCAGCCAUAGAUGUGCCAAAUCCUGAGAAGACACUAGGAAUGCUGGGGUUGGAGCAGGUAAUUCCUAAUCGGUCAGAAUCCCAGCAGGCAUCUAAUGAGGAGAGAGAGCGAGACCUUGUGGACAGUGAAUUAGACACAGAGCUGCUGUUGAAAGAAUUUAAAUCCACUAAACGCAAGUCUUUUCACCUGGAGCCACGUCCAGCUCGGGAACCAGAAUGUGACGAAAACCCAAUGACUCGAAAAGUCCAGGCUAGUGGGACUGCUACCCUCGAUUUUGUAGAAAAGCUGCCUCAUGUGACCAGAGAGGAAACGUCCUGGCCAGGGGCUGCCCACUUCCCUGAGAAAUGUGAGAGUAGUGCAGAGUCCCGGCCAGAGGGCGAGCUCUGUACUUCUUUGACCCCAGAUGGGUUGCUCCAACAUCAGUCCCCAAGUGUGGGUCACCGAAAGAGGGCCGUGCAAAGGCUACAGUCCUCCGAUUCUGGCUGUAGUGAAGAUGAGGUGCUCCCUUCACUCAAUGACCUGUUUGGAAAAAGAAAUCAAGAAAUGCUGACACCUACGGGUAAAAGGUCAGACUCUGUGCCCCACCACCCUGAAGGAGGAGAGAUGCAAGAAUCUUGCAAGAAUGGCUGCUGCUCUUCAAGUCAGGACCUCUUUUCUACCCCACCUCUUCUCAAGCAUCAACAACAUCUCGUCCCUCGAGGUGUGUCCCAAAAUGACAUAAAGAAUGACUGUGCUGAGAAAGAACUGGAGUGUGCAGACGGCAAGCCUCUGAAAUGUCACAGCUGUGACAAGAAGGGCAGCGCACUGGUGGAUGACUGCUCUGGAGAGGAGCCCCUCAAUACCCAGCAAAAAGUCAAAAUGCAACAAGAUUUGCUACAAAUCGAGCUAGAGAUGGCAGUCCUGGAAGCGGCACUCAAAGAACAGAGCACACAGGACGCCGAGGGCUGUCCGUCUGGAGAAAAAGGAGCUGACCCGAAGAGAAACUUGCCGCAAGCCGUGGAAGAAGGUGGAGACCCCUGUGCUGCUGUCCCAGGCAUUCCUGCCCCUUCUGUUGCCAAGGCUAGACUGGAGAUUGUGACUUCGGGUUUGAACAGAAAUGAAAUGUUGAUGGUACACAAGUUUACGAGGAAGGCUCGGGGCACCUUGGCACCUGAAGUAACCCCACAAACAACACAUGUCGUCAUCCAAACCGACGCGGAACUCGUUUGUCAGAGAACCUUAAAGUACUUCUUGGGCAUUGCUGGGAGGAAGUGGGUGGUCAGCUUCCAGUGGAUUGAGGAGAGUUUCCGAAGGGGCAGGCGUCUCCAGGAGUCCGAGUUUGAGGUUAAGGGAGACGUUGUCAAUGGACGGGAUCAUGGUGGCCCAAGGAGAGCACGGACCCUGGCAGAUGGUGCGCUGCCACUCCGUGCUUAUGAGGUGUCCUGCUUUGGCCAAUUUUCUGACAUGACUACAGGCCAACUGGAGCUAAUGGCUGAGCUGUGUGGAGCUAAAGUGGCUUCUGUCCCCUCCCUGCUGUCCCGCCAUUCUGGGCUGACGCCAGUGGUGGUUGUGCAGCUGGACCUCCAGGGCGAUGGGGCAGAAGAUAUUCAAGCUCUCAAGAGGAAAUUCAAAGUGCAGGUUGUGUCGUGGGAGUGGAUUCUGGACAGUGUGUCCUGCUUCUCCUGCCAGCAGCUGUCUGACUAUGUCCUGUAGCAGAGCUCCUCUUCCUCCUCCUCCUCACGGAGGUGAGACCCUCCUUCCCAUCCCCCCCCCCGCC